AUGGAGCUGAAGGAGAAGAUCAAGGUGGCGAAAGAGGAUUACAGGAGAGAGCUGGGCAGAGUAGCACACAGGAGAGUCACUAUCGGAAAGGUCUCACACACACACCCUGUCACUGUGUGGACAGGUCUCACACACACACACACCCUGUCAUUGUGGGACAGGUCUCUCUCUCUCACACACACACCCGUCACUGUGGGACAGGUCUCUCUCUCUCUCACACACACACACACACACACACACAGAGUCACUAUCGGAAAGGUCUCACACACACACACACACCCGUCACUGUGGGACAGGUCUCUCUCUCUCACACACACACCCGUCACUGUGGGACAGGUCUCUCUCUCUCUCACACACACCCGUCACUGUGGGACAGGUCUCUCUCUCACACACACACACACCCUGUCACUGUGGGACAGGUCUCUCUCACACACACACACACCCUGUCACUGUGGGACAGGUCUCUCUCUCACACACACACACACCCUGUCACUGUGGGACAGGUCUCUCUCUCUCACACACACACACACAGAGUCACUAUCGGAAAGGUCUCACACACACACACACACCCGUCACUGUGGGACAGGUCUCUCUCUCUCACACACACACCCGUCACUGUGGGACAGGUCUCUCUCUCUCACACACACACCCAUCACUGUGGGACAGGUCUCUCUCUCACACACACACACACCCUGUCACUGUGGGACAGGUCUCUCUCACACACACACACACUCGUCACUGUGGGACAGGUCUCUCUCACACACACACACACCCUGUCACUGUGGGACAGGUCUCUCUCACACACACACACACCCUGUCACUGUGGGACAGGUCUCUCUCUCACACACACACACACCCUGUCACUGUGGGACAGGUCUCUCUCUCACACACACACACACCCUGUCACUGUGGGACAGGUCUCUCUCUCACACACACACACACACACACACACACACACACAGUCACUAUCGGAAAGGUCUCACACACACACACACACCCUGUCAUUGUGGGACAGGUCUCUCUCUCACUCACACACACACACAGAGUCACUAUCGGAAAGGUCACACACACCCCCCGUCACUGUGUGGACAGGUCUCACACACACAUACCCUGUCACUGUGGGGGGACUGAU